AUGUUAUUUGACACUGCCAGAGGAAUGCAAUUUUUACAUGAAAAUAGAAUUAUGCAUUUAGACCUUAAACCAGAUAAUCUUUUAGUUAAUUCUUUAUAUACUGAUUCUGCUUGUUGCGUAAAAAUUACUGAUUUUGGUACUUCAAGAAUGGUAAAAAAAACUAAUAAAAAUGAAGAUAAAGGACUUGGUACUCCAAUUUAUGCUGCCCCAGAAACAUAUCAUGAUGAAUAUUCAUAUGCAGGAGAUGUAUAUUCAUUUGCUAUAACAGCAUGGGAAAUUUUCUAUCAAGAUGAACCAUAUAAAGAAUUUAAAUCAUUAUUUGAUAUUAAACAAUAUGUCACUGAUGGAAAAAGACUUGGAAUAGAUGAAACAAUGCCACCUGGAUUAAAAGAACUUAUUCAAAAAUGUUGGAAACAACAUCCUAUUGAAAGAUAUAGUUUUGAUCAAAUUACAAGAGAACUUGUUAAAGUAGAUGAAGAUGCACCAAAUCAUAUAGAAUUAGAUAACUAUGUUUCAGAUCAAAGAAUAGAAGAAUUAAUAAAUAAAAGAACUGAAAGAAUUCAAGAACAAUUAAAAGAAAUAAAUCAAGAUUAA